ACCACGUACCCGGAAGCAACUUGCACGCUCUCCGUGUUCAUCACGCUGUUUGCUAGCAGAACAGAAAGACAAAACCACAUUUUAAAAUUAGAAUUCCUGGCGUCCACCAAGAAAAUGUCUGCAGCUAAAGUCAAAAUGCGACAGAAGAAACUUAAAAAUCAACCUGCCAGUGUACAGUUCGUGUCUUCGGGCAGUCCCCAACACAACGGUGGAGGUGGAGAAGGUUCAUCAGACAAUGAUCCACCAUCAGCAAGAAAGAAAAGCUCCCACCUCCAGUCUCUGUGGGUCCGUGGACAUCAAAAAGAUGGUGGCCUUUAUCCUGACAAGAUGCCUUCGUUUAUUACUGCUUCAAGUUUUGCUAGGGCCAGGGCAGCGGAGGUAAAGGCCAUGCUGAAAGCUGUUACCAAGACAACAAGCAGCUGCCAUAUUUUUGGAGCACUGCCGAGGCACAUGAGGAGAAGAGCGAUGAGCCACAACACCAAACGGCUUCCCUGCCGGCUGAGAGAGAUGGCCAACAGAUUGAGAGAGAAAUCUCUGCACGGCAGCGUAAAAAAAAAGCAGACAAAGAGAACGAGCCGCAAAGCACGCCGGCGUCACGGAAACAUGCUGCUGGAGUUCAAUCGACGGCAGAGAAAGAAUGUGUGGCUGGAGACGCACAUUUGGCACGCCAAGCGCUUCCACAUGGUCAAAAAGUGGGGCUACUGCCUUGGGGACAGGCCCACGUUGAAAUGUUACCGACCUUCCUAUAGAGCAAUGAGCACUCAUUGUCUGCUGCAGGACCUGUCAUACUACUGCUGUUUGGAGCUCCAGGGAGAGGAAGACAAGCUGCUGAAUUGUCUGUCACAGCUGACCAGCAAGGAGGCUGGCCCAACAUUUGCUCAGAAGUUGUGCCUGUCAGGGCAAAGGCAAGGUAGCGUGGUGUUGUACAAGGCAGGCCAGUUCCCCUCGCAGGCUUUGGGCCCAGUCACAUUCCUGUGGAGACCCCGUACAUCGGGAUCAGCUGACAGACAACUGUGGACCUGGGUUCAUCCUGCUCUUAAACAAGAUAUCCUUGCUGAGUUCCAAAGUGUGUGCCAGUGUGAGGCUGUGGUUCUUCCGCCUCUGCCGUUGGUUAUGCAAGCAGACAUGGUCUCUGCCGCAGGUUCGCAGCCAGAGCCUGAUAAAACCCGGGAAAUCAAGCCAACGCCUGGAAGGAAGAGGAAGCAAAGCCACAGGGAUGCCAAUGGACCUCCUGCCAAGAAGAUUUUGGGUGAUGGAACCAGAUCCCCUGACAUACCUGUUACCUGGAAAUCCAGCUCAACUGGAAUAGUGAUCAACGACCUCACAAUGGAAAUUGUCAGAUAUCGCCUGAUUGGACCGCAGUCCCAUUCUGUGCUGGCAGAUGCUUUGGAAGCUGCUACAGACUGUGAUGACAUGAGCAAAUCACAGCCCUCUUGCUUUUGGUGGCCUGAUCACUGCAAAGAAGAAAGCAAGAUGAAGCUCCAUCAGCAGCAGUCCGAUGUCUUUCACAUUCUGAAAGGCAUAUACUCGAGUGCAGAGCUCCCCCCAGGCACAGUACUGGGGCUGACGGUCGACGACCCUCGCCUGAAUAUACCGAAAAAGAGGGUGAAAGCUUUGCCCUGUGUGGAGGAAGCACAAGAGGUGGAUAAUGAGAAGAGAAAGGAACUGUCUUUGCUUGGUGUACCAGAACACUGUUGUCAGAGUUUCCUGUGGGAACAGUCUGUGCGCAACCAUGUCACAGAGAAUAAAAUUUCAGAGCAGGAAUUGAACCGAAUGAAGAGUGAAGUUCUCGUGCCAGGUUCUAGGCUCAGACCUACUCCCCUUCAGGGACGAGUUCCCAUCCUGCUUGUUCACCAGUCUGGCAAGCAAGGAGGACAUGAGAUGAAUUCUUGGGGAGCCGGAUGGGACCUAUUGGUCCCCAAAGGCUGGGGCAUGGCUUUCUGGAUUCCUCUGGUGUACAGAGGUGUUCGCAUUGGUGGACUAAAAAUGAGUGUGACACAUUCUCAGAAUAAAGGCGUCCCACACUUCCCUCAUGAUUACCCAGACUGCCCUGCAGGAGCUCGUUUUCAGGAGGAGCAAGAGUCCGAGCUGCUUGAAAAGUUCAAAAGACGUCCGCCUGCCAAAAGAACCAAUUACAUUAAAAAUGGCUGCCUGGCUCCGUUCUGUUGCCCUUGGCAACAGCUGGCUGAAGAGUGGGAUGUUAUUGGAAGUGGAGAAGAAAGAAAAGAAGACGUCCAGGCUAAAAGUGACGCGGCAAUGCAGUCUGAGAUAACGUCACCUCACCGAGUCCCUGCGUCAAAGCCAGCAACCCACUUCACUGUCUUGAGGAACAGCAAAUCUUUGAGGCUCCUCUCGAGUUGGUGCAGACCCACUUCGUCUAAAGGUCAAAGGUUGCACCAUGUCAGGGAGAUGCCACCUCUAGACCUCACAGCCAGGAUGACAUUCCAAACAACUCACGGGAUGAGUCUGGUUUGGAUACGUCUGUCCCUGUUGGCGAAGGGCAAACCGGACCUCCACGCCGUUGUGUGCGCGCCGACCGCAGAUGACCUCAAGCUGCUGAAGAAGGGGCCUGGCGCGAGUGGCCCUCAGGAGCCCUCUCACAGGGAUCCCUUGAAAAGCACCAUCAAACCUAGUAAGAAGAGUGCCAAGAAAAAGGCUUCUGAUAAAACUAGAGACACUCCAUCAACAUCUGAUCAAACGAUCAGUAUGUUUGAAGAGCCCCUCUCAUCUUCCUCAGCUUGCGACUUUGUUUUGGGAGUGUGGUCAAAUCCCCUGCCAAGUGUAGUCUCUCAUUGCUCUCGAGUGACUCUAGGCUGGGUGACCCAGGCCGACUUCUCCCUUUCGGCAGGCUGCGGGGAAGCUCUGGGCUUCGUCAGCGUCACUGGCCUCGUUCACACACUCGUCGGUCAGCCUCUGGAACAAAGAGGAAUGGUGCUGCUACGCAACCCCACGUCGCUGCAGUACCGCUUUGCGAAAAUUAACAUUGAAGUUUGAGGUUAUCACGUGCUGAAGAGAAAAAUCUAUUUUUCAUUCAAUAGGAGAUUGAUAAAAUUAAGUUGCAUGAAGCUUUGCACGGGGACCUAACUGAAAUCAUGUACCUUGUUUUGUUUGCUCCUGUAAAAUUAGCGCUCAUAUAAAUAACGUUUAAGACAAAUACACAUCAAGAGAAUUGUUCAUCAUGUACCUACUAUAACAAUGUAAACUUUCUUUUUUAAAAAGAAAUCAUGUUAAUAUACAUUUGUUGUAUACAGUAUUUAUUUUACAUCCAUUUAUACGACUCCCAUGACGUUUUGAUUCGAACAUUUGUUUAAAACACCGUUGCACAGAAAUUGCUUGGUUAAUAAAAGACCCAUAGUUAACGCUGUAUGGAUGGUUUUUCUGUUUUGUAUGUAGUUGGUACCCAUGAGAAACCUACAGAAACCCCAAGAUUUGCAACUGUGCUCAACCAAGCGUUCUAAAGACAUUGGCUCACCAGAAUGCAUUCCCCCCAAUUGAGUUAUCGAAAAGCUAAAGAGAAAAACCUAUUCUCGACUCAUUGCCUGCCACUGACCACAUCCAAUUAAAACCUUUCAAGGACCGUGCACAGCUAUUCAAAAGUUUACACCUCAGACCUUUAAUGCUUUAUAAA